AUGCACAUCCCUGAAAGCCUCCAGGACCUGGCGGACAGCGAGGCUGUGCAGUUCCUGAAGAGGCCCAAGACCAUUAUGCGGCUGCUCGCAGCGGUCUUCUCCCUGGUGAUCUUCUCCUCGCUGCUCACCGACGGCUACCAGAACAGCGGGGACUCCUCCCAGCUGCACUGCGUGCUCAACAGCAGCAGCAUGGCCUGCAGCUUCGCCGUGGGCGCCGGCUGCCUGGCCUUCCUCACGAGCCUGGCCUUCCUGGCCCUGGACGCCAGCGAGGCCCGCAUCACCAACACCCACGUCAAGACAGCCCUGCAGCUCCUGGAUUUGAUCCUGGCCGUCCUGUGGACAGGCAUCUGGUUCGUGGGGUUCUGCUUCCUGGCCAACCAGUGGCAGCACUCGCCACCCAAGAAGUUCCUCGUGGGCAGCAGCAGUGCCAAGGCCGCCAUCACCUUCACCUUCUUCUGCAUCCCCAUUUGGAUAGGCCAGGCCUACCUGGCAGUACAGGACCUCAAGAAUGAUGCUCCCGUGCCCUACAAGCGCUCGCUGGAUGAGGGCGGCGUGGUGCUCACCACCCUGUCCCCACCCUCGGCCACCAGCCCUGUCAACACCGCCCCCACUGGCCCCACCAGCCUGAACUAUGCCAGCUCCGCCCUGUCCCCCUACAUGGCGAAGGGCCCCCGCCUCGCAAUGAUGCCCGACGACUAG